GGGUGAAACUGAACGACGGCAUUUUUAACUGACCUGCAACCAUUACGUAAUUUCCGGUUGAAGCUCCGGGCUGAGCUGAGGUGAGUCCGGUAGCAGGAGUGUGUUUAGAAGAAACAGCAGCCCCUGUAUGGACCAUGGAGUGUGUUCCCGCUAUUGUUGAUGAAUUUGAGUAUAAAAAGGAGACACACAUAGAUGAUCCUGAACACAAUGUAUACACUCGCUUUAUGAAGUCCCACCGCUGCUAUGAUCUGGUGCCAACAAGCUCCAAAUUGGUGGUGUUUGACACUUCUCUGCAGGUGAAGAAGGCUUUCUUUGCUCUUGUCUCCAAUGGAGUGAGAGCUGCUCCACUCUGGGACAGCAAGAAGCAGUGCUUUGUUGGUAUGUUAACCAUAACGGACUUCAUCAACAUACUUCAUCGCUACUACAAGUCACCAAUGGUUCAGAUAUAUGAAUUGGAAGAACAUAAAAUAGAGACGUGGAGAGAGGUCUAUCUACAGGACUCCUCUAAACCUCUUGUUAGCAUAUCACCUAAUGCCAGUCUGUAUGAUGCAGUUUCCACUCUACUAAAGCACAAGAUUCACAGGUUGCCAGUAAUCGAUCCUCUGACGGGGAACACGCUGUACAUCCUUACCCACAAGAGGAUCCUCAAGUUCCUCAAACUGUUUAUUUCAGAGAUGCCCAAACCAGCCUUCUUAUCAAAGUCUCUAGAAGACCUGAACAUCGGAACAUUCAAGAACAUUGCCAUGGUCCACACUGACACACCCCUCUAUAGUGCACUGGGAAUCUUCGUCGAGCAGAGGGUGUCUGCCCUGCCAGUAAUCGAUGAUAAUGGAAGGGUGGUUGAUAUAUACUCCAAGUUUGACGUCAUAAACCUGGCUGCGGAAAAGACGUACAACAACCUGGAUAUUACUGUCACGAAGGCUCUUCAGCAUCGCUCUCAAUACUUCGAGGGGGUUCUCACCUGUAAAGCAAACGAGACACUGGAGGCCAUCAUCAACAGACUGGUGGAGGCAGAGGUGCACAGAUUAGUGAUCGUAGACGAUCACGAGGUGGUGAAAGGCAUCGUUUCUCUCUCAGAUAUUCUCCAGGCUCUGGUGCUCACCAAUGGAGACAAUGGGUCGGCAUAAGAGGAGCAAGAAGGAGGGGGGGGCGGCUACUUCUGAGAAAUUAGAGCUUACGAAGCGAGUCAGCCGAUUGACCUUCGAAGGCCAAUCACACAAAAAAAGGAACCGGGAAGAGGAGUCCUCUAAUCUUGACUUGUAGAGUAAAAACAAACAUGUCCCACAUAUACCUCUUCUCUUUUGGUAAUGAAGAUUUUAUAAUUUAAGUUGAUGUGAAACUGAAGUAAUUGAACAGAAAUUGUUUUAUGCCUAGAGCUCUAAAGCUCUCCCUAUUUUUCUUUCUCUUGGAGAAUACAUGUGGAAAAACAGAGCAAUAUAUUGGACAUGUAAGGGGUGAAGCACAACUGCAAUCCUAGCAAAGCACACACCAAAAUCCUCUUACUGUCAAACCUGGAGCAGCUGUAAAGCCCACUGAAACCUGCAGCUUUUCACCUGUGAGCUUUUUGUUUAUUUAUUACCUGCACACACAAUGUAGGGAAGACUGAUAAAGGAAGACUGAUGUCUUAAAGGCAGGUCAAACCAUAAUAUCAGGUAGGACGAAUAUAAAGACAUUUACUUUAAAUGUCCCGUUUAGACUAAUCAUGAAAUAUAGGACAUUACCUAUUGAAGUUCUCCUCUAUAUACAGCAUACAGGUGUUUAAAGCAUAUGAGUCUUCGCAAUUUGCUACUGAUUGUGUAGUUUAGUGACCUGAGCUCUAGUAUCCAAUCCACUUAGUCUACUUCUUUAUGUCCUAAGAACCAGACUGACCCUUUCCCCCCAAGGGCAUUGCUUCCACCUCACAGUCCAGAAAAGCUGGAACUUUCCAAUUCAACAUGGGGGAAAAAACCCUGAUAAGAAUCAUGUUAUUGCUUUGUGUGUUUUUAUCAUCACAUAUUUUCUCUCAUCAUAUUUGACUAUAUGGUUGAAGUGAUGCUUUUUUGUGUUUUUUUAUUUUAUUUUCUUUUUUGCUUUUGUACAAUACAGUGCCGCAUAUUCAUUCUGUAGGUAUUUUAGUAUGUCUAUGAACUUGAAGUGUGCGAGCAAAGGAGCAGUGGAGCGUUCUAGUUUUCCAUGAAAUACAUUGAAUCAUGAUUGAACUACAGUGAAAGGACAUUCGGUGUCACCCUGAUGAGGACGGGUUCCCUAUUGGGUCUGUGGAGGCUCAGUGGUUUAGGCUCUUGGUUACCGAUUGGAAGGUCAGGGGUUUUAGCCCCAGUAUUGCCAAGCUGGCACUCUUGCGGCCCUUGAGCAAGGCCCUUAACGCUCUGCGGUCUCUGACCCCAGCUUCCGAACAUCGCUGGGAUAUGUGAAGAAAGAAUUUUACUGUGCUGUAACUGUGACAAGAAAAAAGCACCUUUAGGUUCCUCUCAAGGUUUCUUCCUCUUGCCAUCUCAGGGAGAUUUUCCUUGCCACUGUUAUUACAGGCUUGUUCCUUAGGGCAUAACUUAUAAGGACUGAUUUAUACAUUUGAAAGUUAUAUUUGUAAUCUGUUUAAUACUGUAAAGCUGCUUUUGGGAUACUGUUUAUUGUUAAAAGCACUUUUACAAAUAAAAUUCUACUAUUAGAAUUAUUAGAACUAUGAGAGUUUUUAAGGCUGAUGCUCUUCUCAUAAUGGCUUCGGUAUAAAUUCUUCAGAUCCACAUUCAGGAUCAAUGCCCAGUUAUUUGUGAUAUUAGAUUUGGACCAGGAGCUCUAAGGGCGAGUGAGUGAGGAUGAUUGAUCCGUUUACUAAACAUUGCCGGCUUUUUCUCGAGGUUUGAUGUCAUGGUGGGCUUCUGUCCAAACUGUAGGAAAGGUAAAUGACCAUUCCACUGUUUUACCAAGUUUGUUUUUUAAUUCAUAAUCGUUGGUUGAUUUUAUUCAUAAUUAAUGAAAUGUGUAUACAAUGUGUAUAUAAAUAUUUACUUUUUCUAUUUUGUCAGUUUAUAAUGCAUGAGCGAAAUAAACAUUUUCUUUAAAACA